AUGAGGGAUAGCUUAGGAUAUCCCGAUUUUUUCAUGAAGAAUACGGAUAUUAAAUAUAUAUAUGAGGUGUAUCUGUGUGUACCCACGGAUAGUUAUUUAAGGUGUAAUAAUCGCAAAGCCUUUCAUCGUUGGUUAAUCAGUGAUAGACAUCGUGGAACAUUGAAACCAGUUCUUUUGGUACAUUGUUACACUAAGAAAACUUAUUUUUGUUGUGAAUUAAUCCCGACCAUUUCACAUGAAUUUGGUUGCAGAUCAUCAUUCCUGCAAAAUGGGCACUGGCGUCUGUUCCUUUUCCAGUCGUUUACACUCCAUUCAAAGAAGUAUAAAAAGGCUAACAAUGCAAAAUAUUACAGCCGUUCGCUAUUUACAUCUUUCGCUUUGCGUUAA